GGGGCCGAUCCUGCUCUCCUCCCAGCCGUGCCAUCUGCACCGCCCGUCACUCGUCCCCUGGUGGCCGUGAUGGUCCUCAUGGGAUGUGGCCUCCUGUCCCUGCCCAGCGCCCUGGUGGGGCUCCUCCUCUGUGUGGUGUCUGCAGCUUCCCAGCGAGCUCCCAUCCGCCUGUCCGAUGGCCCCCACCGCUGCGCCGGCCGGGUCGAGGUCUUCCACCACAACACUUGGGGAACGGUGUGUGACGGCCACUGGGACCUGCAGGACGCAGGUGUGGUUUGCCGACAGUUGGGCUGCGGUGCCGCCCUCUCCAUCCCUGGACGUGGACACUUCACGGCAGGCUCGGGGCCCAUCUGGUUGGACAACGUCAACUGCACGGGGAUGGAGGUCGCCCUGUCCUACUGCGGCCUGAGCGCCUGGGGCAAGAACAACUGCCACCACAGUGAAGACGCUGGCGUGGUCUGCUUAGAGUCCUUCACCCACCCUGCGGAUGUCCACGCUGGUGCUUCAGAGGUCCGCCUGGUGAACGGCCCCCACCGCUGCUCUGGACGAGUGGAGGUGUUCCAUGACCAACAGUGGGGAACUGUGUGUGAUGAUGAAUGGACCUUCUCCGAUGCCACCGUGGUGUGCCGGCAGCUGGGCUGCGGCACAGCCAUUACGUCCUACGCCAGAGCUCACUUUGGCCAGGGCUCGGGUCCCAUCUGGCUGGACAACGUCCAAUGCGAUGGGACUGAAGCUGCCCUAUCAGAAUGCCCAGCCAGACCUUGGGGCAUCAACAACUGCGAACACGGAGAAGACACCAGCGUCGUCUGCUCAGGUACGACCACCGACACCUCACCUCGCCUGCGCCUGGAGAACGGCCCUGACCACUGCGCCGGGCGUGUAGAGGUUCUCCAUCACCAACAGUGGGGCACAGUCUGCGACCGUGGGUGGGAUUUGGCCGAGGCGACGGUUGUCUGCCGGCAGCUGGACUGCGGCACUGCCGUCUCCGCUCCGGGUUCUGCUCACUUCGGGCAAGGAUCUGGGCGCAUCUGGUUGGAGAACGUCAACUGCACCGGGAUGGAAACAGCCCUCUCGGAAUGUCAGUCCAGACCAUGGGGCUACAACAGCUGUGACCACAGUAGGGACGCCGGCGUGGUGUGCUCAGAUGCCGACACCUUCGGGCAGCGCUCACUGCGUCUGGUGAACGGCUCCAACAGCUGCCUGGGGAGGGUGGAGGUCUUCCAUAACCACAAGUGGGGCACCGUGUGCGAUGACUCCUGGGACCUCCGAGAUGCCGCCGUGGUCUGCAGGCAGCUGGGCUGUGGGUUGGCGCUCUCAGCACCGGGCUCUGCGCAUUUUGGACCCGGCAAGGAUCUCAUCUGGUUGGAUGAAGUCCACUGCACAGGACAGGAAGCCACCCUCAGCCAGUGCCGAUUCAACAACUGGGGUGAACACAACUGUGGCCACAGCGAGGACGCUGGCGUGGUCUGCUCAGGCUCAAACCCCUUGCAGGUCCGGGUGAAGGACGGUCCUGGUCCCUGCGCGGGGCAGGUGGAGGUGCUCUACAAUGGGACCUGGCAUGGGGUCUGCAGCAAUGGCUGGAGCUUGCUGGAAGCCGGCGUGGUCUGCAAGCAGCUGGGCUGUGGGCCAGCCCUGGCGGCACCCGUUGGAACCCACCAGGAUGGGAGGACUUUGUUGGAGGGGUUGAGCUGCCACGGGACAGAGUCCUUGCUCCUGGAGUGCCUGCAGAGAGGAGCUGGGCCGGCGCCGUGUGAGCAGGGCUUGGUGGCCGGUGUGGUGUGCACAGAGCCCAAGGAUGUUCUCCAGUCCUGCUCGGUGCUGGCAGGCCUGCUGGGGAUGGUGGCCAUGCUCUGUGGAACCCUCUUGGUCCUCUACAUGUGGACGCGGUGUAGAAGACGGGCUAGACGCUUCCCAGAGAAGCCACGUGUGAAGAAGACCGAGGAGGCCAGGACCGCAUCUGAGGCGUAGGCAACUGUGCUCCUGGUGCCAAAGCCACCUCAGGACCCCAGAAGACCCCAUUUUGUGGAGCCAGAAGAGCAGAGUGGACACUGUGAUGGUCAUCAGAUAGGACCUCCCACCUCUGGCAGAGUGGAGACCUCUGCCCCACAUGCCCCAUAGCCCUUAGGUCACUGUGCUGAGCCUUGUUAGGUCCCGGUCCCACCAUGCAGUACCUCAACAUCCCUCAGUCUCCAACAAAGUCUUCUCGGAACAACCUCUACCUGGUUCUCUGUGGAGGGUCCACCAUCCCAACCCCAUCUUCUCUAACUGCCCUUAUUCCCAGCCCUACAACGACAAUGACCCCACAGCUCCCCAGAACCCCCUGCAGAUCCACCAGCCAGGGCCAUCAUCCUCCCCAUGUGGUCAUCUGGAUCAGAUCUUCCUCCCUGGUCUUCCACGGAAGGGAGGGUGACCUCCUGAUCCAGGGUGCUUUCCUGCACCAGACACAACCAGCUUUGCCCAAUGAGAAGAGCGCUUCAAAGUCCAUCCAGAAGAGGGGGGAGAAGUUCCUCACCUGCUGUAUUUAUUCCAGUAAAGACCUUAAAACACCGGGCACCAGGCGAGACAUUGUCCUGGCCACCAAAAGGAAGGGUUGUGUUCCUAAUAGACCAACCCAUGGAGAUAGGGCCAAACUGUCCAUGGCUUUGAUGGAGCCAGGAGGGGCCAUGGUCAGAGGAACAUCUGGAGGCCAUGGGGAGGGAAUGAAAGGACAGC